UUCGACUGCGGAGCGAAGAACCCUAGCUGGGCAAGCAUAACAUAUGGAGUUUUCCUCUGCAUUGAUUGUUCAGGGACUCAUCGAUCACUUGGUGUUCAUUUGAGUUUCAUUCGAUCUACAGAACUGGAUUCCAAUUGGUCUUGGUUUCAGCUGAGGUGCAUGCAAGUUGGAGGAAAUGCAAAUGCUUCUGCUUUUUUCCAUCAACAUGGAUGCACAACAAAUGAUACCAAUGCAAAGUAUAACAGUCGUGGUGCUCAGCUUUAUAAGGAGAAGAUUAAAUCUCUUGCAACACAGGCAACAAGAAAGCAUGGUACUGAUCUGUGGACAGAUGGAUGUGGAAUGCCACCUGUGUCACCUCAAAACAAAGAGGAAGACUUUUUUGCAUCGCAUGUUUCUCCCAAGGCAGAGAAUACAGAGUGGGUGUUAUCAGAGCCAGAGCCAGUUUCUCUGCAGCAGAAAACUUCAGAAAAUAGUCCAGAGUGCUAUGAAGGACCAGACCAUGGACCAAGUGUUGAUUGCCUCAGUACAUCACCAAAAGCUGCAUUAGAGAACGCCACCUUCAUAAAAAAGAAGCCAAAUCAAGCUAAGAAGGGGCUCGGUGCCAAAAAAGGUGGUUUGGGGGCACAAAAAGUGAGCAGCCAAAGCUUUAAUGAGGUUGAAAAACAAGCACAAGCUGUAGAUAAAAUGAAGGAACAAGAGGAUCUUCAUAGCAGUAAGAAAACUGAGAAGGAAGAGCCACUCGUGUCAUCUUUACGGUUGGCCUACAGAGAUCUUGAUAUUAAAGCAAAAGAAGAAAAGUUAAAUCUAUCUGGUAGAAAGAAAAAUGAACUGGAGAGACUUGGCAUGGGGUUUCGCAGCAACAGAAGUGGCAUUUCUCACUCGGUCACCUCAGAUAUGCAGACAAUAGAGCAAGAAACACCUGCAAUUGCAAAGCCGAAGAAAAAGUACAUAGAUGAUGUAGAUGACUCACAUUUCUCUUCUAGUUCAAGGUACUAUGAUUCUUCAGAUGUGAGGAGCAGUACUUUCUCUAAAUGGGAUGACAAUACAGAUUCUCUUUGGAAGAAAGAAAGUAACAGUAGAGAUGCUGAUGUAAUGUUAACUUCCAAAAGUACGGGAUUUUCAGACAGGCCUGCAUCUCGUCGUAAGCCUGAAUAUGAACCAUCUUUAAACACAGAUGAGGCACAAAAAAAAUUUGGCAAUGCAAAAGCAAUUUCAUCAGACAUGUAUUUUGGAAGGCAGGAUCAUGCUGAUUACGAAGCAAGGGCUCGACUAGAAAGACUCUCUGGAAGCUCCUCUAUAAGUUCAGCUGACUUGUUUGAAGAUCAGAAAAAACAACCAACAGGAAGCUACAAUAUUACGAAUGUCUUGCCUUCAGCUCCUGAUAUAGCUCAGUUUAAACAAGGAGUGAAAUCAGUGGCUGGAAAACUUUCUGUACUUGCUAAUGGGGUCAUGACAUCUAUACAAGAUCGAUAUGGUUCAUAA